CUGCCGCAGACACACAGCCAGACAUACCUCGCCUCACAAAGGCCCGGCACCGCACCACCACCUUGACGUUGCCCGGGUCGUCGGCCAUCAGCGGGGCCAUUGGCACGUACGGCUCGGAUGCGCGCAGCGAGGGCGCCGAAGCAGUCGAAGUGAGCUGUCGGUGAUACAUUCGCACGUCCAAAAAUACGGUCUGGUGGAAAAUAAACAGUGGGUGCUCGCAGAGGUGCUUCGACCGCACUGGCUAUGUUGCGCAGGUGCCUCGACGUCCACAGCUCGCGCGCUUCCCCGAACGGGCGAAAUGUCAACAAUGCGGUUGCCGUGCAGCCACUAAGCGACGUCACGGGCUUGGCGCACUGCCCAAUCCUCCAGCACCAACCAAAGGGCGACGAGACGAGGCCUCAGCGCGUCCAACGCUUGCGACGUGGCAGCCAUUGAUAGCGCCCACGGCACGCUCGAUACAGGGCCGUCUUCCUUGAGCCUCCACACCGCCCAUCACUCAUGGACCAUUAUCUUGACCCCGCCUCUAGGGCAAAGGCCUUUGAGCACAACUGGGCCAGACUGCACGCGCCGUCGAGCCGUCUUGACCUCGACGCCCUGGCCCUCUGCCUUCGCCUGCUGCCGACAGUCGACGCUGAAAAUGAUUAUCAGCCCCAACAUCAAGCGCUUGGACGUCUUCUCUUGUCACGCAUACCCGAGGAACCACAUGAUUCAGAACAUCUCUUUGUGCUCGCCGAGUUGUGCCACAGCAAUGAGGCUUUCGUGCAUUUCUUUGUCGAGGAGUACAUCAAGCCCUGCCUGAACGCUGCCUUAGUCCAGCUCUCAAAGAGCACCACGCUACAAGAGACGAGCGACGAGGACGUCAUCACAUCCAGGGAAGAUCACGUCCGCAAUGCUGUAGCAUUCCUGAACCUCCUCAAAUAUUCGUACUGGCUUCCUCCAAAGACAAAACAUGCUAUUGAUCCCACUUCUCUGGGUUUUCUUGUGCGUUUUGUUGGCAUCGACCGUAUCAAUGAACCCGCGCUCGAUGCCCUGUCUGCUCUUCUCUCGCUGCUGGUCCAGAACCAGCAGACUGGAAUUCUCGUGGCUUGUCCCAAAAACCACGCUCCUUUGUGGCUGCAAUACGAUCAUGCACUGCAAAGCCAUGUAUUGAACCACCCAUUAGUAGACCAGUCAUGGUGGAAUCGACUGAAGACACUUAGAACGACAGAUUUUACUGCUGCUUCCGACAAGAUUUACAAGGUUUGGUAUCAGUGGAUUGUACAGGCUAGCAGAACCAAAACUGAACUUGUUGGCGUAUACGACUGUCUCUAUUGGGAAACACUUCGUGCCGGCUUGUUGGUCGGAUACGCUGAUCAGCGCAAAUACUGCCUAGCCAUCAUUCGGCUCUCUCUGCACCUUCCUCAUACACAAGAUAUCCGCACCCCUGUCAUGGUUUCCAUCGCCGACGAUUCCAAAGUUGUGUACAAGGCUUACGAACAAUAUGCAACACUGUUUGAAACUAUCGUUUUAGAUCGAUACUCAAACCAAGUACAAGCCUGUCUGCCCGAGCUGGCAACUCUCAUUGAUACCGAUUCAAAGGUUACACCCGCCAUGGCAACUACGUUACUUGCCGCUGCAUUGAACCCUAGGGUACAGGAUAACAUUCGCAAGAUCAUCGGGAACUGGUACAUGGGCUACUUGAUCAAACAUCGAGAACUCGCCCCAAAUCACAUAGAAUUUGUCGUAAAGGGAUUUCUCCCUUGGGCCACCCAGGGAAGCUUAUUCACUUCGACACUUACAGCGACGCGAACUACAACAGUUUGUAUACAUGGCGCAACACUUGCAGAAUUCAUUGCAAUGUUUGUAGCGAAUUCGCCAGACAUGCUUUGUCGUUCUCUCAUCCUCGAGAUUUUACAAUUUGUUCUGGACGCGGGUGGAAGGUUAUUUCAAUAUUCCAUUCUGUACCUGUUGGAGGGACUAAACAAAGGUUUAGCGUUGCGUACAACAACACAUAUUUCCCUGGAGCCAGCCGAUCUGGACCUCAUACUGCGAGUUUCACGUCUCACUGGCUUACCAGAGAUUGCCGGCGACUUAUAUGGUCUUUACUGCAAACAGCUUUGCGAUUACGUCUCGCAAGAUACUUCGGCGCAGAAGGAGACAGCCAGUUAUAAAUCUCUUUAUACAAAGAUAUUACAUCUCGAAACACACCCCCUGGCCAGCGGCCAACUCACGCCAUGUGCCGUUGAUGGCUUACCUCCAUUGCAGAGCUUUCUGCAGCAGCUAUACGACACGAAGCACUGCUCCAUCCAGGGGGAUUCUUACGCAUCAGCUUGCAAAACCCUGAUACAGACACUGGACAGAGCUGAUGCUACACUCAUAAAGUCUCAUGAUAUGUAUGCUGUGUUGGAUGCUUUAUGGGAAGAGGCAGACAGACGGGAGUUCAGCAGAUCAGUAGCUGUCAAUAUGCCAGCUCUCUUCUUCCAUCCGGUUUGCAUAAAGAUCUGCAUUUUGCAGGACGCAGCGCAGUCGGAGUCUGAUGGAAGUCUUACAGUUCUUCUCACAAGAGCAAUGGAGUGUCUUCAACGGCUUUCUGAGAGCAGGCCAUAUCUUCUUUCUGUACUUGCGAUGUCUCUUCGAAAAGCUGUGUUCUCAAGUCCAUCAAUCACGAGCAUCUUGCCGUUCGAAGAAUACAUUCUCCGUUUUGUAAACCAUCCACCAACGGUCAAGACUGAAUUCCUAUUUGAGGUUGCGGCUGCAGAAAAGCUCCAAAAGUUUGUACCGCAUCGAGACUAUGCGUUCUACUAUGGACAACGCGAGUGGCAUGCAUACGCUGCCGUGCUAGACCUUUUGUGUCGCUUUCCAGAGGACCAAUCCAAGGUUGCUAAGCGCAUAUUGGACCAUUUGCUUGAGCCCUGGAAAGAGCAGAAAGCUCCCAUACCUAUCAUCAGCAAAUGGAAAGAUGUGCUUCAGCUACAAGCUAUGCUGCUACUUACAGAUUUCUGUAUCCCAGAUACCCAGGUUGACAUGUACUUGGAUGCUUUCACUCGAGCACUGGUUGUCGAACAAUGGCCACGUUACCGUUUCUUGCUUGAAUGGAUUGUUGCGCGUAUCUAUUACCGGUUCCCAAGUAAGGCGAUCCGGAUACUAAACGAUUUGGAGAAGCUAGACGAGGGCAGUCCGAUACACGUGGCUAGUUUGGUCAAAGUGGCAGCGCUUGUUGCCCCGUACUUGGACUCGGAAAAUUUCGCACUCAACGUUUUGAUCCGAUUAAUUCCCUUCUCAGCAAGUCCCAAGGUUCACAUUCGGCACGAAGCACAUUGGUGCUUUCCCAUCGUCUUUGACCUGGCAACCUCGAACGAUUGGAAAUCUAUUACCGGAAACCCGGCGUUCGUGGCACUGGACAAGCACAUUCGUGGGAUGGAUAAAUUUGGUGCGCCGGCUUGGAGUAUUAGAACUUUGAAGUUAGACUCAGUGAAGGAUUUCACACUCACCGGUAUAUUCCAGGGUCAAUACCUGUCCAUCGAGACGCCGGAACAGAAGCGUGUCGCACACGAAGAUUUUGUAGAACUUCAGGACAAAGAAAAAACACUACAAACAAACCUACCGUUGACUCGCAUAGCCCUUGGUUGGUCGCCUACUUUGACGGUAGCUACUCUUCAGGAUCCAGAAACGCAAGCUUCACCACAAUCCUCACUGGCACCAACUUUCCUUCAAACGAAGUCCGGCUUCGACUUUGCAUCACUGUACCCACAUUCUGGGCCCCCACAUGUGAAAUCCCAGCGACCAGCAUCUGUCAUACUCAUCGCAUCGCUCAUUGACAAUCCUACUAAUCUGGGUGGCUUGUCACGCAUCUCAGAAUCCUUUGGCCUUGAAGCAUUAUAUAUUGACGAUCUCAAGAAACUAGGGCAUAAAGAUUUCAAGGCUACGAGCGUGACGUCAGAAAAGCAUCUUCCAAUCCAUGAGCUCAAGGCGUAUGGAGUACCAAACUUUCUGCUGGAGAUGAAGAGGAAGGGGUACGCAGUUGUUGGUAUCGAGCAGACAGAUCGGAGUGGCAUGCUUGGAGAUGAGGGGAAAGACAGCGAUGCGGACACGAAAGACGCAAUCUAUACGACUGGUAGCCGCAAAGACUCGGGCACACUCCCCCAGAAGUGUGUGCUUGUACUGGGAAGUGAAAAAGGAGGAAUCACAGCUGAGGUUCUUGCAGUUGUAGAUCGCUGUGUAGAGAUACGAACUGUGGGCGUUACAAGAAGCCUUAAUGUGCAGACAGCAGGAGGAAUUGCAGUAUACGAGUGGUGGAGAUUGUGGCAUGACGAUGUUUUGGGAAUCUAACGAUGAUAACAUCUUGGUCGUUCAUAGAUUCACUUCAUCCGGU